AAAGAAAGAGUGUGGCAGAGGGAAGAGACCAAGAUUGUGUGCGGUGUGCGGGGUACACGGGGAGAGAAACAGCCGCUGUGGCCGCAAGCAUCAACCUCCCACCAUGGCGCCCGUGGCCGGCUCUCUCGUUCUCGCGCGCCUUCAACUCUCACGCUCUCUCUCUCUGCGUACGCACUAUUUUUUAGUCCGCACUUAUUACGACAGAUGUCUCAUGCUCCGAUAAAGAAUAACGGCGGGCAAAGCGGGAGCCUUCCCCCCGCAUGCUAGUCCUAACCAGGCUCGGGAACAGCAGCCCGUACUUGGUGCUUCGUCGGCUCGUGGUGUCACUGUAACGCGCCGGUUUACGUUACGCACGUCUCUCUCCUUUUUUUCUUCCGGCUCCUCCUCGUUCCCUCUGUUUCCCUCUCUCAUUCUUUCCUCCUCCUCUCUGUCUCCCUCGGCUCUUUCUCUCUCUUUCGUUCUUUCUUUUUUCCCCUCUUUUUUUUCGUUUUCAAUUUCGCCAUCACACACGCUUCAUAUCUCGCUUUUAAAACUCCCGAGCCGGUCACUGCCGUCGCGAAUCGGCAGCUGCUCCCCGCGUGCGAUGCCGCGACAGUGAUUAUGCCUAUCGUGCCCUCGUCCAUCCGACCUCGAACUUGUACCGGGGAUCGUUGUUUCGAUCGCGGGGUGUAAGGACGGACGUGCACUCUCUCCUUCGACGAUUGGUGCUGGGACACGUGCUAGACAAACGGCGAUAACGAGGGCACCGCCGGGAUUCAAGUCAAUUGGUACCGCGCGUCGUCGGUGAACGAUGAUAUUUAACUGCGAACCGCGUGCCACACAGUGACAGCCGGCGUGGAGGAAAAGGACCGGAAGACCGUCAGACCGCAGACGGAACCAGAAGUCGGAGGAUGGUGGUUUGAAAUCGGCGAGACGACACCGGGAAAGGCGACGCACGUGAGAGCGACUCUCUGACAGACUCCCCCCCCCCCCCACAAGGUGAAUAGACACAACGAUGGUAGAUACACAACAUUUUUGCCUGCGAUGGAACAAUUACCAGAGCAGCAUAACCUCGGCGUUUGAAAAUCUGCGGGACGAUGAGGACUUCGUGGACGUGACGCUGGCCUGCGACGGCAAGAGCCUGAAAGCGCAUCGCGUCGUUCUCUCCGCCUGUAGUCCGUACUUCAGAGAAUUGCUCAAGAGCACGCCGUGCAAGCACCCAGUGAUAGUGCUCCAGGAUGUAGCGUUCAGCGACUUGCAUGCCUUAGUGGAGUUUAUUUAUCACGGCGAGGUGAACGUGCAUCAGCGUUCUCUCAGUAGUUUUCUGAAGACGGCGGAGGUCCUCAGGGUAUCGGGUCUCACGCAACAGACCGACCAGCCCGACAGAGAUGAGCUGUCGCAUGUCCGCGCGUUAGCGGCCGGCGGCAAUCACCUGCCGUUCCACGAGAAGUCGGAGGAGACUUUCCCUCGCGGCGGCUCGCCUACGCCCGUGACCCCGACGCCGACCACGGUGCAGCAGCUCCUGCGCCGUGCCCAGAUACGUCGAAACGAGAGACGCACCCCGGACCCGCACGACGAGUCGGCCAAGAGACCGCGGGUGCCGUCGCCACCGCUCAACAACAAUGACGCCACGCCUACGGACUUCUCGAUGGUCAAGAACAACCACCUGUCGACGAAGGUGGAGGGCAACGGGGUACACGACGAGAACAGCCUCGUCGAGGACAAUAUAAAGUGCGAGCCGUUGGAGCUGACCGGCGGCAACGGCGGCGGUAACGCCGGCAACAACGAGGACUCGUCGGAUUCCGGCGCCGCGGCGUCGGACCGGCCGCCCGCGUCCGCGAGCAGCAACGAACACGAGCCGGAACCGGAGCACACGUCCGCGCAGAACUUCCUGCCGGAAAGCAAGCUCUUCACGUCGACGCCCGGCAGCUUCAACUUCAGUAUGGCGGCGCUCACCACCGAUCACACGCCGUUAUCAGUGAAAUUUCCAGGGUUGGGCCACGGCUUGCAGACACCGGAUCUAGCGGGCACUUCGCAAGGUACGGGCAACGGGAUGCAUCCGGCACCGACGACGCCUCCCACUGUCAUGUACCGAAUGCCACCACCCACGGCGGGUGGCAUAAACGAGCCUCAGGAAUGCCCGUACUGCCGUCGCACGUUUUCAUGCUACUACUCCCUCAAACGCCACUUCCAGGACAAACACGAGCAAUCGGACACGCUAUACGUCUGCGAGUUCUGCAACCGUACGUACCGUACGAAGAACUCGCUGACGACACACAAGAGCCUGCAGCACCGCGGCACCAGCGGCGUGCUGAGGCGGCUUCUAAAGGCCUCGGCCAUGAAGAACGUCUUCGGUAGCAUGCAACACCAGAUGCAGAUGCAGCAGCAACCGCAAUGAAAACGUCGGAAAAAUCAAAGUCACCCUGUGCCGGAUCGUCCGCGUCGUCGUCGUCAUCGCCGCCGUCGCCGUCGCCGUCGUCGUCGCGCUGCUAUCGUCGUCGUUUCUCGCGCGAAUCGCUCGAUUGACAUCGUCGGGCACGCAACCCGAGAAUCAAGGCCAGACUAUCGAGAGAACAUGGAAGUACUACUUUGCGUAUCCGGGAUACUCCCGUGCCGCUUUGAGCAGCACACAAUAAGUCGUUUAGCUCGAACUUUGAUUUAAUUAAAUCGCGCCACGCUCUUAAGUUGCGACUUGCGCAAAAGUCGGUUAGCACAGACCACAGAUCAUUUCUAAACAAUUCCUCUAUCUACGUUACUGGUAAACCAGAACUGGGCGGAUAAUCGCUGAUUGAGUUAAUUAACCGAGAUCGAUGCGAUUCAUAUUACGAGCUGGUUGAAUUGAAGUGAAUUUAGCAGCAACCUGGAUUAACGAGAUCUUGUUUUUCCGUCUACGCUGUAUUUAGGUUCGUAAUUCGGGAGAAGAGACUGCGAAUUGCUAAAUCGAGAUUAGUAAAUUCAAGAGGGAAAUUCAGUCUCUUGUUAAAUUGCGGCAAAGUUCUCGUAAUUUCAACGAUUAAUUUAUCCUUAUUACGCGCAUCUGCGGAGCGCAUAAUGCCUAUCGUGAUCGGUUAUCGUAAGACUUUAAAUGAGAAACGGAUUAAAGAGAAGGAAGGAAAGCGGAGAGUACAUGGAAUCCGGAAUCGCGGACGAGUCAUUUCGGCAUUUUCUCCCAGUUUUCCCCCUCGCUUUUCCGUCGGUCCACCGAAAGCAAGCGCGCGAUUCUUCUAGUUUAGACUCGCCAAUGUAGCGUUGUAAUUUUUCUUCGUCAAGACUGCAAUGAAUCCAAAGAAGGACAAUUUGACUGAGAAGCUUGUAAUUCGACUGAAACUGUGAAGGAAGGAGAGGAGGCUCGAACGUUAAGAUUUAUAGUGCGCGAAACAAAGACACAUUCCAUUGUCAGCGAUCAGGAUGCUGGUGACACUGAGUUGACCAAAACGGCCGACUGCCCGGCAAAUUUUCGAGCGGAGAAUCUACGCGUGGGACGACGCGUUUUCGAGGACGACAUUAUCCCGCCGCGAGUUUAUUUUUUUCUCUUAGCUAACGUUGUCCAAAAAGCACCCGAGCGGAAAGUUUAGAAAAAGGGCGUAAUUAAGACGGGAUGUUUGGGGAGGGAACAGUCUUCCGGAAAUCGUUUCCGAGAUCGAAUUUACGUUGCGAAUUCUUCUGUAUCGGCGCUCUCGAGACGCGCGCCUAACGGUUUUCACGUCGAACGAAAAUGCGCCUAACCCGUUGGGCGUUUAAAACGUCGAAUUGGCGGACGAACGGGCGAGAAACCGAGGGGAAACCACAAUCUGACGUCGAAAACCCACACGUCCCGAUGCGUGUUACGUACGCGCGUGUGCAUGCCGAAUGCACUUUCACGCGGCCGAACCGCGGACGCGCCGAGGUCGUUUUUACGCGUAUGUAUAUCGAUUCUGAACGGGACAGAGAGGGGGCGUGGGGGGGAAGACAAAGCGAAUCGACGACGUUAGGCCUAAAGGCGAAACAAAGCGCGAGGAUGCACCGACGCGUUCGAAAUGCACGCAAAAGUGACGUCAAUUCGGUGAAAAGUGAUCGCGGCAACGGCGGCAAUUGAGGUCGAGACGUGUUGCUAAUCGACGUGGAACUCGUCGUAUUAGCAUAGAAGGCAGGGGAUGGGGGGGACGAUAUCGGUUUUACGAAACGAGAGAGAAGAGAAAGGCGGGAGAGCGUGUAUAGACGCGGAGGUGGUAGAGAUAUAUCAUGGGUUCUUAACGUGUAUAUGUAGAUUCGUCGUAUGCGCUAAAUACAAACUAUAUUUUUAACUCUUUAAAAGUAAUAUUUUGAGCUGUAAAUAUAUUAUAUUCGUACGAUACAUCGAUAAACGAUGAUAUUCUCCUGUUCAGAUUUUAUAAAAAUCGGCAUAGUCCUACGUAGGUAUCUCUCGCGGAUGGGCGGAGCAGUGCUGCGGAGCUUACAACCCGCUUCCCGAUCGCCUUUCGCAUUUUUAACGAGCAUUUCAAGCUAUCUCUGCAAACGCACGGUUUUUACCAAGAAAAUCAGUCGGGUCAAUUAAGCCAAGGGGGAAUUGUUCCGUUUACAUUCCGUCUGUCUGUUUUCCGUUACGUCGCAAAGCGUUUUCCGCAAAUCGGACUCCAAACGGUCGAAGUGGCCUCAAUUCACUGAGAGAUUAUGGAGCACUGCUCUGCACCUCGAACUUUAAUAUAUCCACAUUAACAAAUGUACAAGCAAGAGGAAACCCUAAAAGUUGUUCAUCGUAACAUAUUCAGGUUUAAAACUCAGCGUAGAGAACGAGAAAAUGUUGAUGUUUUAUCUGUAAGGCGAAAAAGGAAAUGCCAUAAUAAUUAACGAGCAAGUACAAAUUAUCGUGGAAAAUAUAAAUUAUGUCUACGUCUAACUCUUAGGAUGCGUAGUAUCGGAAAGGGAAUAUUUAACGGAAGCGCGGAAUAAGGGGAAAAACAGAAACGGCGGGAAAGGAUCACGGUCUGCCUCGAAUUUCAUUCGUGGCCGGACGAAAUGAUUAAAGGGGGAUGGAAAAAGAAGAAGAAAAUGCGCGGGAGAAAAGGAAAAGGGUAAGCACGAGUUUCCAAACAUAUCUUCGAAGUGUGAAGUAUACUGUGAAAAAAAUAUACGAUUUUAGAUAUUUAGCUAUCUCUACCGAGAGAUUUUAUAAUUAUUACGUAUACAUUCUUAAAUCAGUGGACCGAUUCUCGAUCGGUGACGUUUGGCCAGGGCAUAAUGUGGAGGGCAUAUCGAUUGAACGAAGUGCGGCCGAGAAGCCGCGAGAUUUUACGUUUCUUGUCUUUCUUCUCCUCUUUUCUUAAAAGAAGAAAAAAAGUCAUUUUUUGAGCUAAGGAUGCGCGAUUGGUUAGUGAAAAAAAGAAAAUCCUAGUCAUUCCGGAAAUUUUUGUGAUUCUGUGAUAUCGGGGAUCGUGGCAUCAAACGAUUCGACGAAAGACGAAAAGAGAGAGACUAAAAAAAAAAGCGUAUGUCUGUCCACAUUAUGAUAUCGCCGGGCGUACUUUUAAAAAACUCUUUUAGCGACGAAAGAAAGGAAAUUAAUAAUUGAUUAUUAAAUAAUGUCGGGAAAUUUCUGUGAUGUUCUUCGGUUGGUAUACUAGCGCGAUUACGAAAGCUAUGUGAAUGGAAAAAAAAGUAUACGGAAUUUAUGUCGAUGUUCGGUGUUGUACGAUGUAUUGUAAGAGGCGAAACUGUAUCGGGAAAAAAAAUUUCAUCUUAUUGCUUUGAAAUUUUCGAGAUAUGGGGGAUAAGAACGGGGUGUCGGGCAACCGCUGAUCGAUUUAUCGAUUUGAAGGGAAAAAAUGCGUCGUUUAUUUUAAAUUUGACUUAUUUAUUUAUUAAUUGAUGGAUGUGACAAGGGCAAGCUCGAUUCGAUCGGCAACUUUGAUCUUGUGUCACACGCAGUUCCAAAUUUCAUAGAUCCGUGCAUUAGGUCGAGGAAUAUAUUUUUCUCUCCACUAAGACGACGUGAUAAGUAUAUUAAAAACGACGCACGAACGAUCAACUGUUGCCACUCGUCGCAUGAUAGACUUUAGUCUAGUGUAAACGUCUAGUGCAGUUUGCACACGCGUGUUGGGUGGAUAAGUAUGCGCGCACGAGUGUGUAUGUAGACGUGUUUAUGUGAUCGCUCACAUAUAUUGUACAGGUCCACAUGCACACGAGCUGCAUGCGAACUGCUGCAGGGUAAACGACCCAUUACACGCCGACGUGAACGCGAAAAAAAAACGAGAGGAAAAAACAGAGAAUGACUAUAGAUUAUUUAUCGGAAUGUGCCAAGGUCCCGAACCGUUUACACGGCGAAAUUUUAGAUAGGUACGCGCCCCGUCUCUCCCGUCGAGGAGAAAUAUUAUCAAUAUUAAUCAUUAGGAUAUGUCUGAGGUACGAUUUAAAAAAAAAGUGGAAAAUUAUCGUGGAGAUCUUUUUGGGAUUUUUAAUAUAUAUGAAACACUUUUCGUCUUGUAUGGUUUAUCGUAAGCGGGAAAAACUCCCGAAAAAUCGCGAGAAGGAGCGACACGCGGCGAAAAUAUUAUUCGAUUCUAUCUAAACGUUAUCUUUCGCUCGCAUCCUGUGUACAACUCGUGCGUGUACGUACUCGUGCUAGAGAGAUGUGAAGGAACCGCGCAUUUCUUCGCGCGAGCGAGGGCCGAUCAACUGUUAUUUUACAACACUGACCGCGUAACUCAGCAGGAUUCAUUGUCACGGCGGUAGGGGUGCGACGCGCGUGCUGCAUCGAGGACCGCACGGAGAGACCGCAGCAUCUCUCUCUGCGAUCCACGCAGUUGCCGUUCACUUAGAAUUACGCGUUUUCGCGCGAACUCGCCUCUCGACCGGCGACAAAAUGGUGCAAUCUCAUCGUCAGCAGGCUAUAUACGCCAUAUAACCAUUCAAAGCAGGACCGUUCUUCCGGUGCGUGCACACCCCGGUGUGUUCGCCAUACCCGCAUUGUUAACAGCUUCCUUUUGACCCGUUGAAAAAGCCACUUCUAAGUUAGUCACCCAUUCUUCGACGAACGGGUUCUUCGGCGUAAUUCGAAUCGAUAUAACUGAAGAGGUCAAGUUUACUUUCUGGCGCUGUGACGAAUACUUUGAUACGCGAAUUUACUUUUGAGAAGGCUGAUUUUUGUAAUCGUUUUAAUCGUCGAUUUAUUUAAAGACUCAAAUUUAUUUCUAUUAGUUUCCUCGUUUUUAAUUCCUACUUUUAGAGGAACUGACUGAUUAGAUUUUUUCCUGUUUUUUUUUUUUUUAAUUGGUUUAAAGUUUUCUUUCAUUAUGUGAUAUUAUAUUACCAAAGAGAGCAUCGAGAAAACUUUGCAAGACUUUCUCCGACGCGAGUGGUAUUUACCUUGGAAAAUAUAGAAUCGCGAAGGUCGCAUUUAUGGUAUAUCGAUAAGUUUCCAUCGAGAUUUCGGCUGAAUUAUUUUCGUUUAAUUCCGUGGUUUAUUUUAUUGUGAAAACGCAACUUUUUGGUUUGGUGGUAAGCCAAUGGCUGUGGAAAGCCGAUACUAAAUUGACAAUAGCGGUUCAUAUAAUUCUAUAGUAUGGGGAAUAUCACGAGAGUCCGGGAAAGUUGUAAAUCGAUUGUUUAGGAACACUCUUCGGUUUUAACGAAAAGAGAAAAGAAAUUUUAUUUUCCAAAAGGGGGAUCAAAUGGAACUAUAAAAGGAAAACAAAGAGAUGUAAGAAACGCGUCAAUGCUAAUCAAUAAAACGAAAUAGCGAUGUAAUUAUAUGAAAUUAAAGAAAAAGAAAGAACGUCGUGCAUAGGAGAAAGACUACUUAGAUUUAUUUUUAUUAUGUCUUCAAAAAGACUUUAAAUAAAAUAUUUAAAUUGUGCCAUAAUUAAUAUUAAC